CAUUGUGGGAAAAUGUAGUUUUAAGCAAACUUCCUGUCUGAGUCAAAUCUGCUUCCAACCGUGUCUCCCGUCCUGUCUUCCUCCUCCGCCGCCUUCGUUCACGAGUGGGACUGACUUGUGAAGAACUCCAUAGUGCUGCAACGUAGGAGGCAAAAAUAAUGUCCGUAGUUUGUCUAUUCGAAACCGAAGAGGGCAGGUGAAAAGUGAAUUUGACGAAGCCGAAGCUAAGCGAGUGAGUGCGCGUAAGUGGUGGUUGUGGUGGAGCGGGGGGAGGAGAAAUGUUGGCGCCGCGUCGCCGCCGCCGCAGCGUCUCUGACUUGGGGGAACAGACUGGCAAUUGUCGCUGAACGUCUCCGUGAGAUGGACGACUCGCUCCGUUCGAGCACCCUCUUUUGAAGCACUUUAAAACGAAACUCCAACGAGGUCUACAAUGAAAACUACCCAGAUGUUUCUUUUUAUUUUGACUGUUUUGGUCCCUUCUUGUACUACCUUAGAAGCUGAGGGUGAAGCGGGCCACUCUGAAUGCUUGUGUGACAAGUCGUCGUGCAGUGGAGGCGACCGGUGUUUGGGCCUGCAGUGCUUCUCCUCCCUCUCCUUACUGAACGGGACUUGGGAGCUCCAGAAGGGAUGCAUUGUGGGCAGUCAAGAAGGGAAGUGCGGGAUGCCGCCAACUCCUAAACUGAUGAUGGAGUGCUGCUACGGAGAUCUUUGCAACAUGAACGUGUCUUUACAGAAUCAUGUUCAAGAUGUGGAAGCGUCUGCCGGCAGACCAGUCCUCAGGGAGCAGGAGUGCGUGUGCGAGGGCGCCGCCUGCCAGCCCAAUCGGCGAUGUGCCGGCCAACAUUGUUUUUCCUCCCUCAAGGUGAGGGAUGGCGCGGCCGUCCAACAGAAGGGCUGCCUGAGGGAUGACGACGUGGGCCGAGCCACCUGCGCCACUCCGCCAUCGCCGGCCCAUGUUGUCAAGUGCUGCCAGGGCCAUCUGUGUAACAUGAACGUCACUGUGCAAGCUCCGGGGAAAGAGGAAGUGAAAACCCCUGUCAAAGAAAAGCACGAGUGCGUUUGUGAGGGUAGCUCGUGCGCCACAGGGAAUCGCUGCAUGGGAAGCCAGUGUUUCUCCUCCUUGACCGUCAACGGCGGCUCCCUUAUGUACCAGAAAGGUUGCUUUAAUGUCUACGAGCAGAGUACAAUGACCUGCAAGACCCCACCUUCGAGAGACCAGAUUGUGGAAUGUUGCUUCGGCCACCUGUGCAACCUGAACCGCACCGUUCAGCUUCCUGUCAAAGCUGACGAGCUCUCCAACUACAGCGUGACCAUGUUAGCUGUCGUCAUCGUGGCACCCAUACUGGUCCUGGUUGUCCUGUCGGCCAUUGCCCUCCUGGUGUUCAGGCGUAUCCACCACAACCAGAUGGAGAGACUGACCUCCCGAGAUGCAGAGUAUGGAACCAUCGAUGGUCUCAUUACUUCUAACGUGGGAGAGAGCACACUGGCGGAUCUGCUGGACCAUUCCUGCACUUCCGGAAGCGGCUCGGGUCUGCCUUUUCUGGUUCAGAGGACGGUAGCCCGCCAAAUCACUCUCAACGAGUGUGUGGGUAAGGGCCGUUAUGGCGAAGUUUGGCGAGGCCAGUGGCAAGGAGAGAGCGUCGCUGUCAAAAUCUUUUCCUCUCGAGACGAGAAGUCGUGGUUCAGAGAAACGGAGAUCUAUAACACAGUGCUGCUGAGACAUGAAAACAUCCUGGGCUUCAUUGCCUCAGACAUGACCUCCAGGAACUCCAGCACGCAGCUGUGGCUCAUCACCCACUACCACGAGAUGGGCUCCCUGUACGACUACCUUCAGCUGAGCACCUUGGACGCUUGCAGCUGCCUCCGCAUGGCACUAUCCAUCGCCAGCGGGCUGGCGCAUCUGCACGUGGAGAUCUUCGGCACCCAGGGCAAGCCGGCCAUUGCCCACCGUGACCUCAAGAGCAAAAACAUUCUGGUUAAAAAGAACGGGCAGUGUUGCAUCGCCGACCUCGGUCUGGCCGUUAUGCAUUUCCAAGACACCAACGAGUUAGAUGUGGGCAACAACCCCAAAGUAGGCACCAAGCGCUACAUGGCGCCAGAAGUACUGGAUGACUCCAUCCAGAUGGACUGCUUUGAGUCCUACAAGAGGGUUGACAUCUGGGCCCUGGGCCUGGUUCUGUGGGAGAUUGCCCGGAGGACGGUCAGCAACGGUAUCGUGGAGGAUUACAAGCCCCCUUUUCAUGACGUCGUUCCCAGCGAUCCCAGUUUUGACGAUAUGAAGAAGGUUGUCUGUGUGGACCAGCAGAGGCCCAACAUCCCCAACAGAUGGUUCUCAGACCCAACUUUAAUCGCCAUGGCAAAACUGAUGAAGGAGUGCUGGUACCAGAACCCGUCGGCCCGGCUGACGGCGCUGCGCAUCAAAAAGACUCUGACGAAGAUCAACAGCUCGGUCGACAAAAUGAAAACAGACAUUUGAGUGGAGGAGGAGGAGGUCCCGUAUUUCUUGGACGAACAUGCCUUUCACAGGGGCCCCGUGCCCUUAUAGCGGCACGUGCCUGUAUUUAUUUUAAGACUUGGCGGGAGACAUUUUGGCAUCCAAAUAUGGCUUACCAGGCUUGUGGGAAUAGGACGUUCUAUAUGAAGCAAUCCCAAUCUAAAGACUGGAUUCUGGCUGUUACCUGGAUUUUGUUGCUUUGGGUUUUUGUUUCAGAUCCUCAGUUGGGAAAACAGGUCACGCUUAGUGACAUGCGUUUUUUUCGGCUUUCUUUCUAGCCUUGUGCAAAAAAAACGCAUCACUCUUCCAAUGUUAGCAGUCCUAUAAACAGCAGUACAGUUCUCAGUCUUAGCAUAUGAACCUGUCGAAUGAUAUACACGCUUGACGUUUUCUUUUUAUUUUUGUUCUGCGCACACAUUAAAAAGAACACAAUAAAAAAUAUCUGCUUGG